AUGACGGCUGCAGCACAGGUCGAACUAUCCAACUUUUCCAACAUCUUCUCGCUCGAGGGUAAGGUGGCCGUGGUUACUGGCGGGAGUCGCGGCUUGGGUCUCCACGCAGCCUCAGGUCUUCUUCAAGCGGGCUGCUCUAAAGUCUAUAUCACAUCUCGCAAGAAGGAUGCAUGCGAUGAAGCUGUUGCAGCUCUGAAUGCACUUCCCAACAAGCGCCCUGGUGCCCUGGCCAUCUCCGUGCCCGCCGAUAGCUCUAAGAUGGAGGAGCUUGACCGCCUAGUUGCGGAGGUUGGCAAGACGACAGAUCAUGUCGACAUUCUGUUUGCCAAUGCCGGCGCAACCUGGGGCGAGAAGUUCGACACCCAUCCCGAGAAGAUGUUCUCAAAGGUGAUGGAUCUCAAUGUCAAGAGCGUUUUCUAUUCGAUUCAAAAGUUUACCCCAUUGCUCUCCGCAAAGGCCACCCGUGAUGAUCCCGCCCGUGUGAUCAUCACUGCCUCAGUCGCGGGCAUAGGUAUCGGGACGAUCGGCGAAAACGCUACCCCCAGCUAUUCCGCCUCCAAGGCGGCAGCCAUUCAUUUGGCCAAAAACCUGGCCGUGGAGCUCGGCCCGCGACACAUCUUAACCAAUGCGAUUGCGCCGGGCUUCUAUCCGUCAAAGAUGGCAACUGGGCUGAUCGAGCUCAAGGGUGGGCUGAAGCAUCUAGAGGAAUUCUCGCCAAAUGGUCGAUUGGGUAGACCUGAAGAUAUUGCCGGACUCGUGGUUUUCUUGGGUUCGAGAGCUUCAAGCCAUUUGAACGGUGCAGUCAUUGCGACAGAUGGAGGUGCGGUUUUGAAGGGAAGACUGUGA